CACUCCUCAAGUACUCACUACAGUUCCCUCAACUUCCCGUAACUUGGAGGCCUUGCUGCUUUACAUCCCCUAUGCAUGCCUAGUGGAUGAUGCUAGCUAUCACAAUCUGUCAAUUCCUACUCGUGCAUGUAGUCGUGUUCUUUGAAUCUCAUAAGCGUCUACUUUUCGCUAUCCCUUAUGAAAAUGGCCUCCUCUAUGAUAGGCAGACGUACAGGUCUAUAAGUAGCUUGGCAUCUAAAUUUUCUUCAUCUUAAGCUAAACCCAAUAACAAAAAAAGAUGAUCCUCACAGUACUACUCCCUCGGCUUCCCAUUCUGCAGCUUCUUUUCUUCUCAUUGUGUUUCUUCUUUCCUCCAUUAAUUCAGUGCAAGCUGCGCACAAUAUCACUCAUUUCACUACCACCUGCGCCUGCUCCUGAGGUGGAACAUUCUGGUAGUGACACUACUACUGUUUUCAAUGUCCUGUCUUUUGGUGCCAUUGGAAAUGGUGUCACUGAUGACACACAAGCAUUCAAGAUGGCUUGGGACGCUGCUUGCCAAGCUGAAGAAUCAGGAAUUCUUCUUGUUCCUCUUGGCUAUUCCUUCAUGAUACAAUCUGCAAUAUUCACAGGGCCUUGCACAUCUGGCGUCGUAUUUCAGAUUGAUGGGACUAUUAUGCCACCGGAUGGACCUGAUUCAUGGCCCAAAAAGAAUAGUAAGCGACAAUGGCUGGUUUUCUACAGAAUCAAUGGCAUGUCAUUGCAAGGGGGUGGUCUCAUAGAUGGCAGAGGAGAGAAAUGGUGGAAUCUUCCUUGCAAACCUCAUAAAGGAAUUAAUGGAAAAACGCAGCCAGGCCCUUGUGAUAGCCCAGUUGCCGUAAGAUUCUUCAUGAGCUCCAAUCUGAUAGUCCAAGGACUUAAAGUUAAGAACAGCCCCCAAUUUCAUUUCCGCUUCGAUGGUUGUCAAAACGUCCAUAUAGAGUUGCUCAACAUAAAAGCGCCUGCUGGAAGUCCCAACACUGAUGGAAUUCACAUUGAGAACACAAACAAUGUCAAAAUAUAUAACUCAGCUGUAUCCAAUGGUGAUGACUGUGUAUCAAUUGGAGCUGGUUCUUAUAAUAUCGAUAUCAGGAACAUAACGUGCGGUCCAAGUCAUGGGAUAAGCAUCGGCAGCCUAGGCAUGCGAAAUUCCCGAGCCUGUGUCUCCAACAUCACAGUGAGUGACUCAGUCAUCAAGCAAUCAGAGAAUGGUGUUCGGAUCAAAACAUGGCAGGGUGGAUCAGGAGCUGUAUCCAAAGUAACCUUCAAUAACAUACACAUGGACACCGUCCGUAACCCAAUCAUCAUAGACCAGUACUACUGCCUCACGAAGAACUGCCCCAACCAAACCUCGGCAGUUGUUGUAUCUGAGGUUUUGUACACAAACAUAAAAGGUACCUAUGAUGUUAGAAGCCCGCCGAUGCAUUUUGCUUGCAGUGACUCCGCCCCAUGCACGAACCUCACACUUUCUGAAGUGGAGCUACUUCCUGCGAAAGGAAACAUUCUGUCGAACCCAGUUUGCUGGAAUGCUUAUGGGAUUAUGCAGACAAGUAGUAUUCCGCCAGUUUUCUGCUUGUUGGACGGAAUUCCACAGACGGUGCAACAGAGUGAUGUUGAUUGGUGUUAAAGUAAAUUUAGAUACAUAAUAUAUAUGUCAAAAAGCAAAAGCAAAGUAUUAUGGAAAUUACAAGUGAAUUAAGGAUUAA